AUGCCGAACGGAGUCAUGACAACCGAGGUCAAUGGGUCUCAUCCCACGAUGAAGGAUUCUCGCGAUCUUAUUACUUCGUCGCUCCUACCAACUCCUCCCCAUGACGAUGAGGAAAUGAUGAUUCACACGAUAGAUGAUGUCCUUGUGGAACGAUGCUCGAGUAUUCCCGAUCAGCCAUUGGUCGGAUACCCGGCGUCGUCGCAUAGUGCGGAGGACUACGUCUAUUACACCGCGAAGGACCUUGAUAGAUUUGCCAACGGGGCAAUCGAUGACCUGGUCAAGCAAGGUUUCCAGCAGGCCUCGGGGGUCGGGUCAAAAACCAAAGUCGUUGCCAUUCUUGGAGUUACAAACCUGGACUACAUUGUUUCGAUCUUUGCAUUGUCACGCCUUGGCUGUGCCGUGUUGUUCCUCUCAACUCGUCUAAGCGCCGAAGCAUAUCUCAACCUUCUGGAUAAAACGGAAUGCCACGAAAUCCUAUGUUGCUCCAGCACCGAAAAGGUCGCAUUAAGCAUUCAAAAGCAGCGCCCUAUCAACCUUUAUAUGAUCCCCGGGUUUUCUUCCUACGGACACUGCGGGAGCAAUUCCGACUUGAUCCUGAGGGGCACGCCGAAUGCCAGCAAAGAAACGGCGUUCAUCAUCCAUUCUUCCGGGUCAACCGGCCUUCCCAAGCCCAUCUUUCAGUCUCACAAGGCCUGUAUCUCAAACUACGCCGUGAGCAAAGGAUACCGAGCUCUGCUCACGCUUCCGCUUUAUCAUAACCAUGGACUGAGUACUUUUUUCCGCGCCAUCUUCAAAGGCAAACAGAUUGCGCUCUAUAAUGCCAGUCUCCCACUCACGGGCGGCAAUCUUCUCCGAGGCCUGAAAGCUGUGGAGCCCGAGAGCUUCCACAGUGUCCCUUAUGCAUUGAAACUGCUUUGUGAAGUUGACGGCGGAGUGGCAGCACUGGCAACAUGCAAACAAGUCCUCUUCGGAGGAAGCAGCUGCCCGGACGAAAUCGGUGACAAACUGGUCGAGGGUGGCGUGAACCUCAUCAGCCAUUAUGGGGCCACCGAGAUGGGUCAGCUCAUGACAUCUGAGCGACCCGUUGGUGAUAAGGCGUGGAAUUACGUUCGGCCGUUGCCAAAUGUGGCAUCAUACCUUUUCUUCGACCCUCUUGAGGACGGAUCCUUCGAGUGUGUCGUCCUUGAUGGACUUCCGGCGAAGGUGACCUCCAACUCGGACAAUCCCCCCAACUCAUUUCGCACCAGUGACUGCUUCACGAAGCAUCCAACAAUCCUGAACGCCUGGAAAUACCUUGGUCGGAUCGACGAUCGAGUCACCCUGAUGAAUGGAGAGAAAGUUCUUCCAAUCCCGAUCGAACAUGCCAUCCGCCAAAGCAAGUUCGUGAAAGAUGUCCUCGUCGUUGGUGUGGGGAGAUUAUUACCAGGUCUGAUCAUUGUCCCGAGCGACGAGGCACAAGGACUUGACAAGUCACAGAUCCUUGCUGCUGUCUGGCCGCUGAUCGAGGCGGCCAAUAGAAGUGCCGAAGCCUUCAGCCAAAUAUCGAAGGAUAUGGUGGAGAUCCUGGACAUAGGAACCACAUAUCCGUCGACCGACAAAGGCACCAUGAUCCGUCAAGGAUGCUACAAGCACUUCUCUGCCAUUAUCGACGCUAUGUAUGCGCGACAGGAGUCAGGAGAAGCGCCAAGCGGCAGGAAGCUGGCGCUCUCCAUUCCCGGGAUUGAAGACUUCUUACUAAGCCUCAUGAGACAGGAACUUGGUUUCGAUGAGAUUACAGUGGACACGGACUUCUAUGAGGCCGGUAUGGAUAGCCUGCAAGCGAUCAAGGCUCAAAGCGUCGUGAAACGAGAACUCGAUCUGGGUAAUGGGGCUCUGGGUCAAAAUGCUUUCUUUGAUUUCGCCAACAUCAAGAAAUUGGCUGCUCACUUGUAUGGACUACGGACAGGUCAUCAUGGCGAGGAAGAAAACGAAAUCGACGUCAUGGCCGAACUGAUUGAGAAAUAUUCGACCUUCAAAAAAUCAACUCCCACCAACGCAGAUGUCAUUAUUAUCACUGGAGUUACCGGCUCACUUGGUGCCUACGUUCUCUCUCAGUUGAUGCAAAAGGAGUCUGUCCGGCGGAUCGUCUGUCUUGUUCGAGCUUCUUCUCCUGAUGCAGCAUUUGACCGCGUUGUUGCCACACUUUCAGCUAAGUCAUUGCCGUUGACGAAUCUAUCGAAAAUUCGAGUGUAUCCAUCCGAUCUCUCGAAGCCAGAUCUUGGCCUCGGCGGUGAAGUAGUCGAAGGACUGCUGAAUACACUCACAAAGGUCAUACACAUUGCAUGGGCAGUCAAUUUCAACAUUGGAGUCCGUAGCUUUGAACAACAGCAUAUCCGCGGAGUUCACAAUCUCAUCAAUCUCUGCCUGUCGAGGAGAGGGUCCCCUGCGCAGUUCUAUUUCUGCUCUUCUAUAUCAGCUGCAGCUGGGACUCCCCUGCCUGCAAGGAUUUCGGAAGGACCAAUCCCCGAACUCUCACAUGCUCAGAAGAUGGGCUAUGCCAGAUCCAAACUCGUGGCCGAGAGAGUCAUUCAGGCAGCUGCAGAGAAGACUGGAAUGGUUGCCAAAGUCCUGCGAGUAGGACAGAUUGUUGGAGAUACCGUCACUGGCCAAUGGAAUCCGACAGAAGCCAUUCCUCUCAUGAUCCAAAGUGCUGUUACCAUGAAAGCUCUUCCCGCCCUGGAUGAGACCCCGUCGUGGACCCCGGUUGAUAUUGUCGCACAGGCAGUGCUGGAGCUUUGCGGGCUGGGUACGAGCGACAAGGCCACUGCAUAUGCAAGCGAUCCGAAAACAGUCUACCACGUACAAAACCCCAGAACCUUUCACUGGACCACCGACCUGCUCCCCGCCCUCCAAGCUGCAGGGCUGGAUUUUGAGGUUGUGUCCCAGCGAGAAUGGAUCAAAAGACUACGAGAAGGCGAGCAAGAUCCGAAGAAGAACCCCACCGUCAAACUUGUCGACUUCUAUGCUGACAAGUAUGACAACGAUCGGAUGAGUCGAAAGGGGCUGGUGUUUGAGAUGCACAAGACUGAAGAAGCAAGUCCCGCAUUGAGAGGUGGAGUUGAAUUGAUAUCCAGCGGAUUAAUCAAGAAGUAUGUCGACGCAUGGUUGAAAGUUUGGAGAGAGGGAUGA